AUGGGCAAGACAUCGACGGUACUGGCGAACGGUGUCCAACAAGGAAGAUCUUUCUUGGAGGCUGCUAAACAACCUGUGGGUGGGGAAAUUUCGGCGACUCCACCGCUGCAACUGCGGAGGCCAGAAUUGAUUGAAGGAGAACUGGGCUUCAUCUUCACUGAUGUUGAGGUAAAGCGGUUGGCUGAGGAUUUCAAAUUUGCCUUAAUCCUUAAAUUCCUAUCCUUUAGACCGAACUUUGAUUUGGUUCGAGAGGCCAUAGCUAGAACUUGGGGGCUGCGGGAGGUUCCUGUGGUUAGUCAUAUGGAUGCUUCACACGUUUUGGUUAAGAUGAAAAAUGAGGGAGAUUUUUUGGUUGCCUGGGCUAGAGAAGUGGGUUCGACUACCCUUUGGCAACGUGUUAAAUAUGAAAAACUUGGAUUCUAUUGUAAAAAGUGCAGGAGGCAAGGUCACACAGAGGCUGUUUGUAGAGUGGGUCAACAAUUCCAUGAGAAGCAGAAAAUGAAGAAAGUCGUUAAUAUUGGCCCGGAAAAACAAGAGUGGAGGAAAAAAAAAUGGAGAAGUAGUGGUGUAGGAUUAGAAAAAAGAUAUGUACAAGAGGCUGGAGAUAUGGCUAAGUUGGGUGCUAGUGUUUCUAGUGGCAUAAUUCACGAACAAGGACGUGAUGAUAUAGGAAAGGUUGGUGAAAGUAGUAGAGGAAUAACUCCAUUUGUAGAUAAUGAUAAGGAGAAAAUGGAUGUAACGGAGACUGAAUUGGGGAGAGAGAACAAUAUGGUUGAAAUCAGCACUGUAGUCUCGAAAACUAGUGGGAUUGAAGUUGCUAAGAUUGGAGGAGACACUCACGUAAAAUCUUUAGAUAGGGCCUAUUUGGUAGAUGGGAAGCAAGAUAGGGAAGAAGGAGAAAUAGAGGACAGAGAUAUACUCUUAAAUGAAGAUAUGGUAGUCACAAUCGAAGGUAACGAAAAAAUAAAUAUUAUGGCCACGCACAUAACGGUAAGGGCAGAUGAAGAUCAAGGUGUCCAAGACAUUGUUGAGGAAUUACAAGAGGACUCUAGGGACCAUGGUGGUGCAGAUGAGGCUAUGACAAUGUCAGAUAAAGAGGUGGAAGGAAUGGUGGAGGAACUUGGAAAUAUUUGUGAUUGCAUUUCAGAUUUUGAACAAAGGGCCAAAGGGCACCCAGGGAAAACAGUACAUAAGACUAAUAUGGUUCGUUAUGGCCCUACUCCGUUUAAAUUCCAACAAAUGUGGACUACACAUGAGAGCUUUAAGAAUUAUGUGCUAACGAUAUGGGAAGGGAACUCAGAACACAUCCAGAGGCUGGAAAAAGAGUUAGAAAAGUUGGAUGCUAGCCUACAAGUGUCUCACUCGGAGGAGAUCAAGUAUACAUACUUAGCUACUAAAGUUGAACUUGACACUUGGGAGAAGAGAGAAGGAAUGCGCCUAGCACAAAUAGCAAAGCAGAGAUGGAUUGAGAAAGCACCAGCUUCGAUUUUAAAACUUAUCAACAGAAUAUUUAGUGAUUUCUUCUGGGGCUACGCGGAUGGAAAGCCUAAGAGGAAAUGGAUAGCAUGGGACAAAGUUUGUAUGCCUGUUAAAGAAGGAAGAGCUGGGCUUCGUAGUCUACAGGAAGUGCGCUUAUCCUUACACAUGAAAUUUGCUUGGAAAAUUUUGACUGAAACAUCUCUUUGGUCAACAUUUUUUAGGGUAAAAUAUAUCAAGGACAAGCACGUAUCUCAGGUGGAUGCUACUAAGGGGUCAAGAUUCUGGAAGAUGGUUAUGAGCUGCAUGCCAGAUGUUCUCAAUCGAUCUAGAUGGCGAGUGAAGGAAGGUGGCGUAUCAUUUUGGUAG